GUUUCAAAUAUAAGCGUUGCGUCUUUACUCAACUGGGCAUUUAGCUAUUGUAAAACCAAUCUCUUUUGGUUGAAAAACAAUCUAAACCCAACAAAUGUUCACUUCACUCAACAAUUCAUUGGAUUUGUAUCUUUGAUAAUGAUUGUUAUGCUGUAAAAAUGAGCUUGGUACCUCCUUCCAUGUAUUGGAGAUUCUAAGGUUUUUCACCCUGGAAAAAUGGAGGAUAAAAGUGGUAGCUAUACACCAGAGAAACUUCGGCAAAUAUUCAACUUUCCGUUUAAGGAAAGAGAAGUGAUUCAUUAUUUUUGUUUUCUUGUCAGUGGGAAGGAGUCACGUCCAGGUUGGAUGAUCCUAACUUUGAAUUACUUAUGCUUUUAUCCUAACGUAUUUGGCACCAAAAUAUGCACGCCCUGGAUUCACAUUACUUCUGUCUUUCAAUCACGAUUGUACAAAACUUGUGUACAAACACGCAACCAAACAUAUCGCUUUGUUAUCCCAGCAGGUUCCGACGAAGCACUUCAUAUGAUUUUACAAUUGGCUAAUUAUGGUGUUAGACAGCUCUUGGUCGAUGACUGUUAUACAAGUUGGUCGCAGUUCGACUUGCACCUAAAAAUUUUACUUACUCAGAACUCGUCCAAUUUACUGGAUAAGUUGGAUGUACUAAUCCGUAGUCAACAUUUUCAAGAUUCGUUUCAUUUACCUGCAUAUGAAAUUAUAGAAACUUCUUUUGAUUGUAAACUGCAACGGUUGGAUAAUACUGAAAGUAUUUCUGGGAAAAUGUUUUUAUCUCCUCAAUUUAUUUGUUACUGUUCGUCGGGUGAAAGCACUAAGAUUAUUCUUCCUCUACGUGAAAUAAUUUCAGCCGAAGAAUUUCCACAAAGGGAUUCAACUUCCACAGGAGGAGUCAUCAUAAUAACAGCUGAUAAACUUGUUUAUAUAUUUACUGGUAUUGUCGGAUCCGAGGAUAUUCUAAAGAAAAUUUGCAAUAAUUUGGAAGUAUCAAGAGGCACUAAAUCUGAACCUUCAGAUGUCAUAACUUCAAUAGCAAGUUCGUUUAACGAUAGUCUAACAGUUAUUAGUUCAUCAAAUACUACUAGUCAGUUAAAUUUUUCAAAUGGAUCCGGAUGCUUCGCUAGUCGUUAUUCUUAUAAUAAUCCUUUCAGCGUAGAUAAUCCUGAUGCUGAAAAUAAACGUUUAGAUGAUUGGAAGGAAUAUUUUGAAGAGUUUGGGUCUGGCAUGUCAAUGUAUCGGAAUGAACGUCUUAAACACCUUGUUUUAAAUGGAUUACCUGAAGGAAAACGAGGAAUUUUAUGGAUGAUUUUAAGUGGAGCUGAAAAUGAGAUGUUUGCCAAUCCAGGCUAUUACGAUAAAUUAAUCAACGGUGUUCAAGGAUGCAAUAAUUUUGUCAAUGAAGAAAUUGAACGAGAUUUACACCGUUCAUUCCCGGAACAUCCUGCGUAUCAUACACCAGAGGGUAUUCAGUCUCUUCGACGAGUUCUUACUGCGUAUGCUUAUCGUAAUCCUAAUGUUGGAUACUGUCAAUCAAUGAAUAUAGUAGCCAGUGUUUUAUUACUGUAUUGUACAGAAGAACAAUCAUUUUGGUUAUUGACAGCAAUCUGUGAACGUUUACUACCUGAUUACUAUGAUAGUCGUGUUGCUGGUGUACGCGUUGAUCAACAAGUACUUCAUGCUUUAGUCGUUGAAUAUAUUCCAGAAUUAAAAUCAGUUUUACAAAUUCCAGUACAAGAUAGUUUGAAAAAUAUUGUCACUUCUGAAUAUAAUAUUGAAUCAAUGGUUGGCGGUUUUUCAACAGCUUCCAAUCAUCAUUAUAUGUGUCAGUCAUUAGGCUCAGAAUUAAUCAGUAUGCUACCAUUAAGCUGGUUCUUGACGUUGUUUUUAAAUACUAUGUCCUUUCAUUGUGCUGUUUACGUUUUGGAUUUUUUCUUUUAUGGUGGAGCUCGUGUUAUUUUCCAAAUAGCAUUAGAUGUACUUCGUCAGCAUACAUCGUUUAUCAAGAAGUCUGUUGAACAAAACGAUGACAGUAGUGUUUUAACUAAACUGAAUGCAUAUUUUAAUAAAUUACGUCAUCAAGAUCAUACAUCAAAUGAAUCUAUAUAUAAUCUGUUGACUUCAGCUGAUCGGAAUUUUAAUAUUACAAAUGAACUUAUCGAUCAGAUGCGUUUACAAUAUAGACCUAAAGUAAUUCAAUCACUUAGUGAUUACACGUCUAAAGAAGUUGCAAGAAGUUUAGAUCGUGAAUGUCCUGGGGAUCUGAUCUUGCUUUUUGAAUGUUACAGAGACCAUUAUAUUCUUUCGAAAUAUGAGCGAAUCCAUCAAAUAGCGCCAGCUAAAACUCAUAGUGAAACAAAUAAUCCAAAUCGUCCAGCUUAUGAUGUUCAUCGUAUUGACGCACGUCAAUUUAAUAGUCUAUUUCAGGGAUUAGUUCCAUGGGGUGCUGCAGCUGAACGUUUAGGCCUUCCAUGCUUUCAUCUACUAGAUCAAGAUGAAGAUAAUCUAAUUAACUUUAAGGUGAGAAAUUGGAAAAAUGUGUAUAUGAAUUUAUCUGACGAAGAUGAGAUAAGUAAAUUUGAAUUAUCCUUUAAUUAGUAUUUUUGAUAAAACUAUACUCUCUUCUGAUGGCCUUAUGUCAUUUUACAGUUGAGAUUGCGAUUACCUAAUUAGAAUAUAGCUUUUGGGAAAAUCGAACGUAAUAAAGCUAACUGUAUAGAAAUUUUUCUAUGAAUCAUAGUGCCAUACUAAGAAAUCAUAUAGAACUUAUGAAGGCUCUCUACUCAGACACUGUUUGUUCGGCCAGGGCUUAUGAGGAACUGUCACUAUAAUUAUCAACUUCAAGCUGUAUUCGUCAUGGUUGUCCACUUGCUCUUUUUUAUUUAAUCCCAUCAUAUAUGUCCUAAAUAUGACAUUUCACCCCUCCAGUUUUUCAGGCGUUCAUUUCCUACCAAGUGGUUCACUUACCAACUUAGAGUACGUUUAUAAAAUGCAAAGUCAUCUGGCCUGUUUGAGAAACAAUCCAUGCAUGUUUGACUCACUUCUCAUCUAAAUCCAAAAUGUUGCUUCAGGUCUGAUGUACAUCAGUGCCCAGACUAACGAUGGUGAAGGAGGUAGUUGAGUGCACUUAACCACUUCACUUAUUUAGGGAUUUUCACCAACUAUGGUGUGAUUGUAUCCGACGAAAUCCGGCCAUGAAUUCAGAAGGCUCAGUUGGUGUUUGCCAACCUGCAUCACUUGUAACGUAGGCGAGAUAUCUGUCUACCUACCAAAGGGGUUUUUUACUUUGUAGCUGCUUCCUUUAUAUUACUUCAUGACUAUGAAAUAUGGACCUUGAAAGCGAUGUGUAGGCUAUAGCAUAUUGGAGUUUGACACUUUUGUAAUUAUCAGUAACGAGAUUUGUGGAGAUUGUAACAUUUUAACAGUUGAAUUCACUUUUGUAUUUGUUCAAUCUUCGUAGAUAAAUAAUUGACAAAUAUUCUAGCGUUUUCUAACAUUUAACGAUAAAUGUAAGAGAUUCUUCAUUAGUUCCAGUGUUUUUUUAGAAAAGAUUCUUUGUCUUACUUUAUUAUGGCCUCAUCAGUUAUGUGGUGGGUUAUAUAUUUCUUGUUUAUGUGUUGCGCUGUGUCCGAUUCUGAUACUGAUACUCAAUUUUCCUAUACACGAAUGUAUACAUAUAUAUAUCCUUUAGGAACGCAAUUCAUUCCUUGAACAGCUAUGUGCACUUAUAGUUUGGAUGAUUUCUUACUAAUCCAAUAUAUUAGUUUUUCACUUAGUUACUUUGUUUUUCAGGCGACGUAUGUCUAACUUUUUCAAUUUCCCCUUUUCUAUGUGUUUAGAGUUUUGUUUGGUUAAUGGAAAGUAUAUGUGGUCAUGAUUUAAAUACAAAACUACGUUUAUUAUUCUUAUUACAUCGAUCUCCUUACUGGGUUACAUCUGAACAAGGAAAUGAAUCCAAGUGCAAUAUACUAGGUGGUAUGCUGCCAUUCAACAAUAUUGAAAGUUGUAAAAAAGAUAGUAAUAAUUCUAUUUCUUGUGAUACAAGUAUUGACAGUUAUCAUAUUUGUUCUAAAUCAGAUUUCGAUACAGUAGAGAUCGGUACAGAUAUUAUUGCUGAGGAGUCUAUAGAACAACACCACACAGCUGAUAAUGAAAAUGAUGAAUUUUCAAAAAGUCAUGUUUCCGGAUAUACUUUAGAAAUUGCACAUGAAAUUCCAAUUGUUAUUCCUGAUCCUUUAGGCUUCAUCAGCAAUAAAUACAGUUCAAAAGAUAUAAGUGAACAGAUUUCACUGAAUUAUAAUCAGUUUCAAUGUUUAACAGAGACAAUACGAGUAAUCGUAGAAAGUGUAGACGAAGAUAAAGAAGAAAUGUUGGAUUCUGUCAAUUGUUUAUUCCUUGAAUUGUUCACACAAGAAUUACAAAAUAUUGAACGGCUUAAUAAUUAUACUUCGACCAGUUCAACUGACAACGUUAGUAUGCAUGGCACGGAAUAUAACGACGGACGUCCUAGUGUUGAAAGUAUGAUUCAGUCAUUUUGGAGAUUGAAAUUAUGUGAUUUUCAGAAAGCUUUCUGGAAACAGGUAUUGUUACGCAACCAUUUCUCCAAAGAACUAUCUAUUGAAAGACAAUGCUCUAAGUUUCGGGAUUGGCUUUAUUGUGGCUAAAAUGGUAUAUCCCUCAACUAUUUGACUGCUUUGGUUCCCUUCUGUGUUCUAAAGUCUCAUUAUCAUUGUAUUUCAAUAUUUCAUCCCUCCACUUCCGUACAGUGGUGUUAAUUCUGUACAAGUUUAUAGAUGUCUUUUUCUGUCUUGUUUUCAUAUUUUUGGUAAAGAAUUUAUUUAUUCACUGUGUAACUAUAAUUUCUAUUGUUUUUAGAUAGUAUCGUUGCAUAAUUUUGUGGCUUCCCUGUUUUUUUUAAAUCAAUAUCCCUCCCCCUCCUUUCAACCCGGUAAUAUUGAUCGCCCUAAAUGAUUUGAUCUUUUUAUAAAUGAAAACUUCAUUUGGCAAAAAUAAGUCUUUCCAAAAUAAAUUUAUUGUCUCUUUUACCAAUGGUAAUAACUAAUGCUUCAUGAUCACAUAUUGUCACAGUAAGUGACAAUAUCUCAGUUCUUUUGUUUUCCUUAUUUUAAUUGUUCAACAUAUGAUCUGAUUAGCUCCCGUUAACUUCCUUGUUAUUUGUUGCACUCUGAUUUUGUUGUCACAGGUGUUUUCUUUGCUGACUUUUUAAAAAAUAAUAUCGUAAAUGUUACAAAUUUCUCGAAUCUCAUUCAGAAAUACUUUAAAUAAAAUUGAUACAGU